CUCCCACUAUGGGUGACAGAGUUUGGGUGGGAACCUGGAGACCACAUCGGCCAAGGAUACCAAUAGUAGCCCAGUACACUGGUCCAGGACCCAAGUACUCAAUACAGGGAACAACAGGUUACAUGAAGCACAAUCCAACCAAAAAGAAAGCCCCUGCUUAUAGUAUUAGUGGGACAAGGCCACAUUGCAAAGAAAGCUGCUCUCCAGGUCCUCGCUACUAUGUGGCCUCAAUGACCAGAAGGGGGAAGGAAGUUGCCCCAGCUUAUACCAUAUCUGGUCGUCCCAUAGUGAAAACAGAGAUCACCCCUGGACCAAGUGAUUACUCACCAGAGAAGUCAAGAAAACAUGUCUAUCGAUGUGCUCCUAUUCACUCCAUUUCCUUUAGAUCGAAAAGCUUCAGAGUAGACAGCACUCCAGGUCCUGCCAGAUAUACAGUCCCUAAAGUGUUGGGCCCCAAAACAGUGGACAAAACAGCUAGUCCUUGCUAUUCCAUGAAAUGGAAAAGUAACAUAGGUUAUUUUUAUGAGGAUCGCCAUAAGAUCCAUUACAAGCACACCUCUUAA